AUGAUACUGGGCUGCCUGGUGCACGGGCAGUUUCUGCCUCAGCCCACGGGCUGGGCCAGCGUUGUUUAUCAGACUCUAAACAUACUGCUAAUCCAAAGUGGCUAUGGUAUGGACGUGAACAGGAAGAACAAACGAGAAGGCACUGAAGUCACCGAAAGACAAGGCUCCACCAGCAAUGGCUAUGCAAAGACGGGCUCCCUGGGCGGCGGGAGCCGAGUGGAGAAACAGAGUCUGAUUCAGGGCAGCAGCAGCAGCAGCUACAUCAACACGAUUGGCAGCACCCGGGGCCACGCCUCCACCUCCAGUUACCGGAGAGCUCAUUCUCCUGCCUCCACUCUGCCCAACUCACCAGGCUCAACCUUUGACAGGAAGACUCACGUCACUCGCCAUGGAACCUACGAAGGGAGCUCCAGUGGCAACUCCUCCCCAGAGUACCCUCGGAAGGAAUUUGCAUCUUCUGCAACCAGAGGCCGAAGCCAGACCCGAGAGAGCGAGAUCCGAGUUCGACUCCAGAGUGCGUCACCCUCCACCCGAUGGACGGAACUGGAUGAUGUGAAGCGCUUGCUCAAGGGGAGCCGCUCGGCCAGCGUGAGCCCCACCCGCAACUCCUCCAAUACCCUCCCCAUCCCCAAGAAAGGCACCGUGGAGACCAAAACGGUGACCGCCAGCUCCCAGUCUGUGUCGGGCACCUACGACACCGCCAUCCUGGACGCCAACCUUCCCUCCCACAUGUGGUCCUCCACGCUGCCGGCCGGCUCGUCCAUGGGGACCUACCACAAUAACAUGACAGCCCAGAGCUCGUCCCUCCUGCACACCAACGCCUACUCUUCAGGAUCCGUAUUUGGGCUUCCCAACAACAUGGCGUCCUGCUCCCCGACUCUGCACCCCGGAAUCAGCACCUGCUCCUCAGUGUUUGGCGUGCAGAACAACCUGGCCCCCAGCUCAGCAGCCCUGUCCCACGGGACGCUCACCACGUCCACAGCGUAUGGUGUGAAGAAAAACAUGCCCCAGAGUACUACCGUGGUGAGCACCGGCGUGUCCACCUCUGCUGGUGACAGUACGGCCGUCCAGAAUGAGGACCUGCACAAGGACUGCAAGUUCCUGGUCCUGGAGAAAGACAACGUGCCUGCCAAGAAGGAGAUGGAGAUGCUGAUCAUGACCAAGGACAGCGGGAAGGUGUUCACGGGCUCACCUGCCAGUGUGGCUGCAACUUCUUUUUCAGAUGACACCCUGAAAAGAGAGAAGCAAGCCGCCUACUCAUCUGACACCCACCUCCUGGCAGAAGCGAACGGCGGCGUGAAGACUGUGUCCUCCAAGGGCAAGGCCACCUCAUCAGACUCCCACUAUUACAAGUCGGGCAGCACCAAAGGCGGAGGCGGCGGCGGAGGCGGCAUCGGCGGCGCCGGAGGCAGCGGCAAGGGGGGCGCCUGGGGGGCGGCGCCGGCCUGGUGCCCCUGCGGCUCCUGCUGCAGCUGGUGGAAGUGGCUGCUGGGGCUGCUGCUCACCUGGCUGCUGCUGCUCGGGCUGCUCUUCGGCCUCAUCGCGCUGGCCGAGGAGGUGCGGAAGCUGAAAGCGCGCGUGGACGAGCUGGAGAAGCUGCGGAGUAGCAUGCUGUAUUUAGAGAAGAUAGAGAAGAGCAGCAAGGACCAGCUGCAGGGGGCGCGGCCUGGGCCGGGCACCAGCCUGGGGACCACCGGGCUGGACGGCAGCAACCAGGAGGCGCUCUGGCUCUUCGUCAGGAACAAGCUCAUGACAGAACAGGAAAACGGAAAUCUCCGAGGAAACCCCGGCCCGAAAGGUGACAUGGGAAGUCCAGGCCCCAAAGGAGAUCGCGGGCUCCCAGGGACCCCAGGUAUCCCCGGGCCCUUGGGACACCCAGGCCCUGAAGGACCGAGGGGACAAAAAGGCAGCGUGGGAGAUCCCGGCAUGGAAGGACCCAUGGGCCAGAGAGGACGAGAUGGACCCAUGGGACCACGCGGUGAACCCGGUCCUCCUGGGUUUGGAGAGAAAGGGGACAGAGGAGUUGCUGGCAGCCCAGGGGUUCCAGGCCCACCUGGAGUCCCAGGUUCUGUGGGCCCCAAAGGUUCCAGCGGUGCUCCUGGCCCCCAGGGGCCCCCAGGCUCUGCGGGUCCCCAAGGGCUCCGAGGUGAAGUGGGGCUUCCUGGUGUCAAAGGUGACAAAGGGCCUAUGGGACCAUCAGGACCCAAAGGUGACCAUGGCGAGAAAGGACCCCGUGGCCUCACAGGCGAGCCCGGUUUAAGAGGUUUACCUGGGGCUGUGGGCGAGCCUGGAGCCAAAGGAGCAAUGGGACCCCCCGGCCCGGAUGGACCCCAAGGCCCACGAGGCGAACAAGGCCUUUCGGGGAUGCCUGGAACCCGGGGCGCACCAGGGCCUUCCGGAGACCCAGGAAAGCCAGGUCUCACAGGACCCCAAGGACCUCAGGGCCUGCCCGGCUCCCCCGGCCGCCAAGGAACCAAAGGUGACCCCGGGAGCCCCGGCAGGAUCGUGACCUCAGAGGGAUCAUCGACUCUCACCGUCCCAGGUCCUCCGGGACCCCCAGGAUCCAUGGGACCCCCAGGCCCUCCGGGUGCUCCAGGCCCUGUUGGUCCAGCUGGUCUCCCAGGACAGCAAGGCCCACGAGGGGAGCGAGGAAUUGCUGGUGAAUCGUUCUUGAGCAGCGGCAGCUCCAUCUCCGAAGUCCUCUCGGCCCAGGGUCUUGAUUUACGAGGUCCCCCCGGCCCACCGGGACCACGUGGACCACCAGGACCUGCCAUUCCCGGGCCCCCAGGACCCCGAGGCCCAGCAGGAGAAGGCUUGCCCGGCCCUCCAGGCCGACCAGGAUCUUCCCUGAGCAGCUCAGAAACCUUCUUCUCGGGACCUCCAGGCCCACCUGGACCCCCAGGGCCCAAGGGAGACCAAGGUCCCCCUGGCCCCCGAGGACACCAAGGCGACCAAGGCCCCCCAGGGUUCUCCUCCUCAGGUUCCGGUUCUCUCGGAUUCAACCAGCAGGGACCUCCAGGCCCGCCUGGCCCCCAGGGACCCAGAGGAGACAAAGGCGAUCCUGGAGUCCCGGGGGCUCCUGGCAUUCCUGGUGGUCUUUCUCAUGGGGGAUCGUCCAGCUCCAUGUUCGUGCAGGGCCCCCCAGGCCCCCCGGGCCCCCCAGGGCCUCCAGGCUCCCUCAGCAGCUCCGGCCAGGAGCUCCAGCGCUACAUCUCGGAUUACAUGCAGAGUGACAGCAUUAGGUCUUACCUCUCUGGAGUUCAGGGCCCCCCUGGCCCACCCGGGCCCCCAGGGCCAGUGACCUCCAUCACGGGCGAGACGUUCGACUACUCGCAGCUGGCCAGCCGGGUCGUGAGCUACUUGCAGUCCUCGGGGUACAGCAUCGGCUCCUCCUCCUCCUCCUCCUCCUCCUCCUUCUCCUCCAUGUCCUCGGACGACAUCCUGACUGCUCUGCGGCGUGACGAUGUACGUCAGUACCUGCGCCAGCUCCUGGGCUCCUCAGGGGCCGGCAGCGACAGGUCCCUCCAGUCCCUGGACUACGGGGAGCUGAGCAGACGCGUCCUCAGCUACAUGUCAAGUACUGGAGUCAGCAUCGGACUUCCUGGGCCCCCAGGGCCCCCUGGCUUGCCGGGAACGUCCUAUGAGGAGCUUCUCUCCUUGCUCCGAGGGUCGGAAUACAGAGGCAUCGUUGGUCCCCCCGGACCUCCCGGACCCCCAGGGCUCCCAGGCAGUGCGUGGUCCAGCCUCAGUGCGGAAGAUCUCUCAUCGUAUCUGCAAAACGCCGGCGUGUCGUCCAUCCCAGGCCCCCCGGGCCCGCCUGGUCCCCCUGGUCCCCCUGGGCCCCGGGGGCCACAGGGGGUCUCAGGAGCCCUGUCCUCGUACGCGGCUGAGAACAGCGACAGCUUCCGCAGCGAGCUCAUCAGCUACCUCACCAGUCCCGACGUGCGCAGCUUCAUCAUCGGCCCCCCGGGCCCGCCCGGGCCCCAGGGCCCCCCGGGGGACAGCCGCCUGGAGUCCCUGGAGAGCUCCUACAGCCGCAGCAGCAGGUCGUCCUCCCGCAGCGACUCGUCCUACAGCUCGUCCAUGGGCGUCGGGGGAACCAGCAGCGGCCUCCUGGGUGACGAGGGCGCCUUGGGCCCCUUGUACGGCGGCGACGGGGGCGCCUUCGGGGCGGCCUACCGGGGAGGCCUGGACUACAACGAGCUGGCCGUGCGCGUGUCCGAGAGUCUGCAGCGUCAGGGGCUCCUGCAGGGGAUGGCAUACACUGUCCAGGGCCCACCAGGCCGGCCCGGGCCGCAGGGGCCCCCUGGUGUCAGCAAGGUCUUCUCCACCUAUGGCAACGUGACUGCGGAUCUCAUGGACUUUUUCCGAACUUAUGGAGCCAUUCCAGGACCCCCCGGGCAGAAGGGAGAGGUGGGCAGCCGAGGACCCCAAGGUGAGAGGGGCCUGUCUGGGCCACCCGGCCGGCCUGGACCACCCGGCCCUCGAGGAUACAAGGGAGAAAAAGGGGACAAAGGUGACCAGGUCUACUCUGGGAGAAAACGGAGAAGUAUUGCCCUCAAGCCAUGAGCUGCCCUUGGCAGAACCAUACCCUGGAUGGAUUCCUACAGCGGCCACAGCGCUUCCGGCAGAAUCUCUCCAGCGGGGUGGAAGCCUGAGUUUGUCAGUGUCCGACUGAGACCACACAGAAGCCCUGUUUGAGUCUGGAGGGAUAUGUGUACUUAUCAGAGAGAUUUGGGAACACCUGAAGCAGCUUGACUGGGAAGGCUGAAAAACUGGUUUGUUUCUCAGCAGCGCUCUUGAUGCCGCACCGCUGGACUUCUCUCAACACUUAAUUCGAGCCCCAACCUAGGAAAGCCAGGGACAUAAAAGUCCAGUCAGGAGUCAAGACCUUCAGCUUUGCCUAGAAAUGAAUCCAGGAAGUGAA